ACUUAAUCCCAACAUAUUAUGAUGUAUUUAAAUUUGGUUUCUUUACACACAAAUCCAAAGACUUUCAUUGUGUCCCAUUACACCUUUUUUUUUUGUAUAUAAUUUUGUCUGAGAUCUGAUCCUCAGACAACUUGAUAAACAUUGUAUUUGUUUGUUUGUUGUUUUGGUUCUCCCCCCUUCUGUUUUUGCAGUUUCUCGUUCGUGUUUCGGGUUCGAGUCGUUCUCGUAGAAGAGGAAUAAAGAUGUCAUUCACAGGAACUUUGGAUAAAUGCAAGGCUUGUGAUAAGACUGUUUAUGUGGUUGAUUUGCUUUCCCUUGAAGGGAAUCCUUACCAUAAGUCCUGCUUCAAAUGCAGCCACUGCAAAGGCACCCUUUCCAUGAGUAGCUACUCGUGGAUGGACGGUGUCCUGUACUGCAAGCCUCAUUUUGAGCAACUCUUCAAGGAAUCUGGAAAUUUCAGCAAGAAUUUUCAAACUUCCAAGCCUUCUGAGAAGCAAAAUGAUCUGUCGAGGGCCCCUAGCAAACUCUCCUCCAUGUUCUGUGGAACUCAAGACAAAUGUGCGGUCUGCACAAAAACGGUUUAUCCGUUGGAGAAGGUGACUCUUGAGGGGGAAAGCUACCACAAGACAUGCUUUAGAUGUGCUCAUGGUGGCUGCAAUUUGACCCACUCUAAUGCUGCUGCUCUUGAUGGAGUGUUGUACUGUAAGCACCAUUUUGCUCAGCUGUUCAUGGUGAAAGGAAACUACAACCAUGUCCUUCAAGCUGCUGCAAACAAGAAGGCCUCCACACCGCCUCCUGAACCAGCGGACGAGGAGGCCGAGCCUCGGACGAAGGCCGAGGACAAUGACGUAGAGGAGUCUUAAAGUGCAGCUUCUGCUCACUCCAACCUUUGAGAGAAUCCUUGUCUUUGUGUUUUUAUCUACAGUUUUCCUUUUCCCUUUUUGGCUUUCAAGUUCAUUUUGUAACAAGUUUCAUUACCAUCUUCAGUUUUUUAAGGUAAUUCAGAACAUUUAUUUAGUGAGAGGAGAGCUGGAUAAUAAAGCAUACAUUGCUAUAAUUCCCCAUCACUAAAGGGAAUUUUCCUUUUUCUUCAAAAA